UAGAAGUUUUUUCACAGUCUCAGUUAUAAGUAAUCAUAUUUCAAUAAUGAGACUUCCAACCAAAGAAGAAAAAGAAAUUUAAUAUUGAAAAAGAAGUUCGCUGUAAAGGUUGCGAAGAUUCAGCCCAACCAUCAUUCUUUUUUGGAAAUAAAGAUUUGAAAGAUGCAUCGUAUAAAAGCUCGUGGUCAACACAUGCAACAACACAGGGUUCACAAGGCUAUGGGACGAAUUCGUUAUCAGCUAUGUCGAAAUCGACACUGGAUGCACACUCACAUCUGCGGCAACCGGAUCCAUAUCAAAUGUUCGGACCCACAAGCAGUCGUCUUGCUAAUUCAGGCUCAGGUCAGAUCCAGUUAUGGCAGUUUCUUCUGGAGCUACUGAGUGAUUCGAGCAACGCAGGCUGCAUCACCUGGGAGGGGACAAACGGUGAAUUCAAACUGACGGACCCCGACGAGGUGGCCCGGCGGUGGGGGGAGCGCAAGUCCAAACCGAACAUGAACUACGACAAGCUGAGCCGGGCUCUGAGAUAUUACUACGACAAGAACAUAAUGACGAAGGUACACGGCAAGCGUUACGCGUACAAGUUUGACUUCCAAGGGCUGGCGGCUGCGACCCAGCCCGCCGCUACCGACCAGGCGUACAAGUACCAGAGCGACUUGUUCAUGAGCUCGUACCACCACUCCGCCAAGCUGUCGUCCUUCAUGGCGCCUCACGCGGCCAUGCCCACGUCUACAGCUUCGAUAUUCCCAUCAGCGUCAUGGAGUAAUUGGGGCGGUGGUGGGAGCAACCUGUACUCCCCCCAUUCUAUGGCUCCUCCCCACGUGGCGUCGCACCUGGGAUCGUACCCGCACUACGCAUGACCAGCUUUUUAAACACUUGUGUAACGAUUAAUGAACUUCAGCCGAGUCAUUAGGAACGCAACUAUUUUAAUCGUGAAUUCAUGAAAUUAUCUUCAAUAAUUCUCAUAUUUUCAUAGCAAUAAACUGUACCGUCUUAUGUCUGUAAAAUAACACAAUACGAACGAAAUCAGUCUAUGUAAUGAUUUCGUUCGUAUUGUGUUAUUUUACACAAUAAUAGUCUUGUAGUUAUGCGUUAAAAUGAUUGAAUGUCCUUUUGAUUCGGUAACGACAAUAGACAAAGGAGCAAGUCACAUAGCAGACUAUUGAUAGAAGCUACACCGUGCUACGCGACUUGCUUCUACGCCCAGAGCUACGAAACAAAAACUUAGAAUCGAUGGUUAUCUAACAAAUAUGAUAUUUUCUUAUAUUUCAAUAUUAAAUUACAAAUCACAACCAUUAAGUUUUGGGCUUCAAGAUAUAUAACGUUUUUAUUUCUAACUGGGUUGAUAAUUUCAAUCGCCGAUGAUGGAAGGUAAGUUUGUAAUUUGUAUUUGUGAUUUAAAAAAUAUGACUUUUAUAUGCAAAAAAACGAAAAUAUUUUGGGAGAAAGGUGCAAAAAAUAAAGAAAAUAAAUAGAUUAGUUUAAAUUUGUGGAUUUUUUAAUAAUAUUUUAACUUUGAAUAUGCGGACUAAGAUAGAAAUGCAAGAAUUUCUAUCAGACAUUUUACCCUGAGUUUAUUAUUUUAAAAUUUUCGUUUUUUUUUUUUGUUUAUUGAAAUAUAUUCUUACCUCUUGUAGAUAUAUUUUAUUGAAAAUAACUAGAUUAUCAAAAUACAUUGAAAAUAGAUGAAGCGUUCUGAAAGUUUCGUGACGGCUGCAGUUACAUUGAAAAAUAAACUGAAAAUGUAUUUUAGACGGAUGCAUUGUUUCUGCUGAAAUUGAAGUUUCACACCUUCUUCACAAUGUGCAGCGUUGGGCAAUCACGAUGGUCUAGAGGGCCUAAAUACCUUUGAUCGGCCGUCAUUAUAAGUGUUUAUUCAUAAUCGCCGUAGCGGCGGCAAACAUAGACGAUCAUUUGUUGGGCCAACGCUACCCAUUGUGAAGAGGGCCCAGUAGAUGUUUAACCAUAAUCGCCGUAAUGGCGGCAAACAUCGACAUCAAUAAUUGUUGGGCCAACACUGGCCAUUGUAAAGAGGGCCUAUAAAAUAUCGGUGGGCGCAAAAAUCGACGUAACGGGUGCCGACGGGCGCAAUAAAACUGUUCACGUCAUUGUCAAACACGCAUACUUUGUCACGCAUUUGAUUAUGUAAAGACGUAGAGUGAAACUCAUUUUUUUCCCUUUCUGAUGCCAAAGUUUGUAUCAGUCCUAUUAGUUGUAGUAUUUUUUUCAAAUAUCCCACGUGGAAUAAUUCAAUUUAAGAGUUUGCGUCGUCUGUAUAUAAAAUGCAGUUCCCUUUACUCACAGAUCUUUAUUUCAUUGUGAUAUAUUUAUUGUAUCUACGAUAAUAAAUUUGGUUUAUAACUUUUAUUUAUUUCAUAUAAAAAAUGUCCUAAUUAUAUUUAUUUGUAAUAAAAAUUAUAGUUUUUUAAACUUCUUAGACGCUAAUCCCAAGACUAGUCUUUUUAUUAAAAUUUUUGUAAAUACUAAAUACUCUUAAUUAAGUACAACUUUAUUUAUGUAGGCUAUUGUAAUAAUUCAUUUUUAUGUGCCCUAUAAUCAACGUAAUGUAAAAUAAAGGUGCAUGACAAAUUCAUAUUAUUAAACUCUUAUUAAACAUAACAGUCAAGCUGUAUUUGCUUUGUUUAAUUUAAUAUUAUUUUACAAUAACAAAAAGCUUCUUGUAAGAGGGAAAACUGAAAUAUAAAAAUGUUACACAUGCAUACGGACGAGAAAUGUCCAUUGUAUAUAAAUUAGGUAUGAUUUUAAAGUGCAAUCGUAUUAGAUUCGAUAAAUAGUUGUAUCAUUUUAUGUACCUAAAAUUGUGUAUUAUAUAUACCUAUAGACUAUUGUAUUAACAUAAUAACGGGCCUAGCAUGCUCGAAUAACUGUCUAACAUGAUCCAGCCAGCUACGAUUGACAAGGAACGAUGCAGGCGUCAUUUGCGCAUGCUAGGUUUUAGGGUGCUCGUGGCGGGUCAUGGAUGGCAUUCGGGCUCUGACAUCUCGAAGGUGCUGGAAACACGCUCGCCGUCGGAUCGCGCACUAUCUACAUUUGACGACGAGCGAUAUUUUCAAUCACUCAAAGCGCUAUCCGGGUCUAUUGCAGCAUAAACCCUUACUAUAUUUCCAAUAAAUAAUAAAUAAUAGAAUGUUAUAAGUAACUAAAAUAAAUGUAAUUAAAUAUUUAAUUUAUAAGUUAACUACGAGUUUUUAGCUAAUUUCGGCAAUAGGUAACAAACCAACGGUAAUAAUUUACGUUCAUAUCAUUCCAAAGUUAGUUUAAUUAUAAUAAUAGUUACCCUUAUUGUGAUGAUAUAACAGUAUUCCAGUCAAUAAUGUGUAGAGAUAUUUAAUUAUUUAAUAUUUUAAUUUAUAAAGAGUUUUAUUUAAAUGCAUGUGUCUAAUAAACAUUUAGUCGUAGUGUCAUUGUAUAGAUGUUAUUGUACUUGCAAAAUGAAUAAAGAGAAAGGAAAAAUA